GUCCGAGCGCUCGCUUGCGUUGACAGCAGGUGCAGGAGAAGGCUACGUUUCCAAGUGGAAAUUUAGUAAUUGUGGUAGUGGGUUGGUUUUCUUUCAACGCAACCAUUGUGGUCUUCCUCGCCACUCUCAUGUCUCCUCUCGGUCAAACCCUUGCUUCUCUUUCUCUCUCCUCUCCCUCAUGUUCAGCUGCAAUGGCUGCCACGUUCAAAUGGCCGUCAAAUUUGAACGAAGAUCUUCAUUCUUUAACAGAGCUUUCUCCUUCCUAUGAUCAACCGCUCCAUUACAUGCACUCCUCACGGCCUCUCUCUCUAGAAGACUAGAAUCAAGCUUGUGACAUUCUUGCACCUCUCUUUCUCUCUCUCACUACAGAUUUGCUUGCCGGUCUCUGUCUUACUGUCUCCUCUCUCUUUAUGGAAGGAGUGGAGGGGGUGGGUGUCAGGGCGGUGGAGUCACUGGGACGAGGGUUUGAUUUGACGUGCGAUUUCAGGCUCAAAUUUGCCAAGGGUCUCGAGAGGCUGGUGGAGCUGGAUGACCAAAACCUUCGGGAUAUUUCGAUUCCAGGAGGUCCAACAAUUCGCAAUGUUUCGUCCGAUAUUAAGUGCGAUAAGGGUGACAGACUCAGGUUCAGGUCUGAUGUGUUGGAGUUUAACCAGAUGUCUGAAUUACUCAAUCAGAAGUCUUCUAUACCUGGGAAAAUACCUUCAGGAUACUUCAAUGCUAUCUUUGACUUUAGUGGUAUUUGGUUGGAGGAUGCAAAGGACACAAAACAUCUUGCUUUUGAUGGAUACUUCAUCUCGCUCUACAACUUGCACUUAACAGUAUCUGCAUUAGUCCUUCGAGAGGAAGUGAAGAAAGCAGUUCCACCUAAUUGGGAGCCUGCUACCUUAUCAAGCUUCAUCCAGACCUAUGGGACACACAUAAUUGUGGGAAUGGCUGUGGGUGGUCAGGAUUUGGUCUGUGUGAGGCAGAGUUCGUCAUCUUCAAUUCCCCCUGCCGAACUCAAGGGACAUCUGGAAAGUCUUGGGGAUUACAUAUUUUCAGAUUGCAAGAACCUUUCUCCCAUACAUAGGAAAAGCAGAGAGAGCAAGUACAAGGUACCUGAGGUGUUCAGCAACAUUUUACAAUCGAACAGUGUGCACUCUGGUGGCCUUACUGCGCCGCUGAGCAAGGAUGGUCUUACCAUCAUAUGCUCAAAACAGGGAGGGAACACAUCUCUAGGCAGCCAUUACAAGUGGUUGCAAACAGUGCCUGCAAACCCAGAAGCUGUAUUCUUCAAGUUUGUCCCUAUAAUGUCUCUUUUGAAUGGCAUACCCGGCAGUGGUUACCUUAGCCAUGCAAUCAACCUAUAUUUGCGCUACAAACCGGCCCUGGAGGACUUGCAGUAUUUCUUGGAGUUCCAAGUCCCUCAACAGUGGGCACCAAUCUAUGAGUUGCCUCUCGGACAUCAGAGGAUGAAGCUCUCUUACCCAUCCUUGCGUUUCAGCUUCAUGGGUCCCAAGCUCUAUGUCAACACAACACAGGUUUCCAGUGGUAGAAAACCAGUGGUGGGCUUUAGGCUGUUCCUUGAGGGAAAAAAGUUCAACAGGCUGGCCAUACACGUGCAACACCUCUCCAGCCUCCCUCACGUGCUCCAAUCCAUGCGGGGUGGGUCCGACUCGUCCCCAUCCUCGUUUUGGCGCAGCUCUAACAAUGAGACCCACGCCAACUUCCUCGAGCCAUUGCAGUGGCACAGGUACUCCCACGUGUGCACCGCCCCUAUCAAAUAUGACCCUGCCUGGCUCCAUAACUGCAACGGCGUCUUCAUAGUUACAGGUGCCCAACUUCUGGUACAGGGAAAGGGCAAGCGAGCACUCCACCUCUCUUUGCAUUUCACUUGCUUACCCAAUUGCCAGAUACUCAAGUCGGUAUGGGGUUGUGCACCAGUGGCCUCAAAUAAGUCCACCAGCUUCUUGUACACAUUGAGCACCACAUUUACUUCCGCUGCAUCAACGCCUAAGCAGGGACCCACUCCUGUCUUGAACUCAGGUGUGUAUCCCGAUGGACCACCUAUGGCAGCACAGGCACAGAAGAUGCUGAGGUUUGUGGACACAAGGGAGGUGGCACGUGGUCCCCAGGAUGUGCCUGGGCAUUGGCUUGUGACAGCGGCCAAGCUUGUUAUCGAGGGGGGAAAGAUGGGAUUGCAUGUUAAGUUCUCACUGCUAAACUAUGGCCUUGCAUGACUGCUGGCUUUGCCUAUUCAUUCAGUGUGAAUAUAUGUCUCCCUAAUUCCCCCACCCCCCCUCUCUCUCACUUGCAAUUCAUUUUGAUUUGUUUAGCCUUUAGUCUGGGCCCUGGUGUUCAUCCCAGUUUUAUUGGCCUCCAAGGCCCAAGAGGGGUCAGGGUGUUUGUGUGUGUCCAUGAAUGUAUAUAGUUGAUCGAAGUAGGUUGCAGCUAGAUCCGUGAGUUGUUCAGAACUGCUAUGACUUCCAAUUGGAGGUUCUAAGGAUACACAAUAAUAGAAACAGUGGAAUUGAUAUAAUAAUAAAUGGAAAUUUAUGUAUUUAUAUGA